AUGGACCAGCGAAGAUUCAUACCGAUAGACAAAGGCUGGACUUUCAGAGAGGCAUCCGUGAAUACCUCCAAGUUCCUUCCUGUCUCACAGUUCCCUACAUGCAUUCAUCUGGACCUGAUUCACCAUGGGAUUAUCCAGGAUCCGUUCACUGGAACCGCUGAGAAGCAAGUUCAAUGGGUUGGCGAGAGAGCCUGGGUGUAUCGUACUGCCUUUGUUACCCCUCAGUUGGGAGAGGACGAGAAGGCUGUCCUUGCAUUCGACGGCCUGGACACCUACGCUUCCGUCCAUCUCAACGGCAAAGAAAUCCUGGAAACUGAGAAUAUGUUCAUCCCCGGACGGGUGAAUAUAACGUCUCUUCUCCGUGGCUCAAAUGACCAAUGCAACGUUCUAGAGAUUACUUUCGAUAGUGCCUUCACCAGAGGCAAAGAAGAACAGAAAAAAUACCCCAAUCACCGCUGGGGAUGCUGGAAUGGUGAUCCGAGCCGGCUUGCAGUGCGAAAAGCACAAUAUCACUAUGGUUGGGAUUGGGGGCCAGUCCUACUUACAUGCGGCCCAUGGCGCCCAAUUACGCUUGAGGUAUACUCUGCUCGCAUUGCAGACCUCUACUAUACGACAAAAUUUAAGGGAUGUCUAAAGGAAGCUGAAAUCUCAAUCACGGCUGAUGUAGAAGGCCGUGCUUCGGAGGUGGUCUUCAGCUUGUCGCUUGAUACCCAGGAGCAGGAUGCAGGAAACCAAUUUGUUGUCACUGCGAAAGUGAAGGAUGGAAAAGCGGCAGCUACUAUACACCUAAAGAACCCACAACUCUGGUAUCCUGCGAGGUACGGCAGCCAGCCCUUGUACUCAUUGAAGGCGAAGCUGGUGUAUAAGGACGUGGCCCUCGAUUCGCGGUGUAAACGAAUUGGUCUGCGUAAAGUCGAGCUUGUGCAGCGGCAGCUCGAAGGAAGCAAGGGAACGACAUUCUUAUUUGAGCUCAAUAAUCUCCCAAUAUUCUGUGGAGGUAGUAACUGGAUUCCAGCUGAUAGCUUUAUCCCUCGAAUAUCCGCACAACGAUAUCGCGACUGGCUCAAAAUGGCCGUCGAUGGAAACCAGGUCAUGCUCCGAGUUUGGGCUGGCGGCAUCUACGAGCAAGACGCCUUUUAUGAAGCAUGUGAUGAAUAUGGGCUACUCGUUUGGCAAGAUUUCAUGUUUGCAUGUGGAAACUAUCCGGCUCAUAAAUCGUUUUUAAAGUCUGUUGAACAAGAAGCUGUAGCCAAUGUUAAAAGGCUAAGGCACCACCCUUCUAUUGUUAUCUGGGCUGGUAAUAACGAGGACUACUCAUAUCGCGAAAGCGAGAAACUGGAAUACAACCCUGCCGAUAAAGAUCCCCGCAGCUGGCUGAAAACUAAUUUUCCCGCUCGUUAUAUUUAUGAGAAGCUUUUGGUGGAUGUCAUAAAACGGCUUACCCCUGAUACACACUAUCAUUAUGGCUCUCCAUCCGGCGGGGCUGUUAGCACCGAUCCAACUGCUGGAGACAUUCAUCAAUGGAAUGUGUGGCACGGGACUCAGGAAAAAUAUCAGGACUUCGAUAAGUUGAGCGGUCGCUUCGUGUCCGAGUUCGGCAUGCAAGGCCUUCCCAGCAUAGAAACGAUCGAUAGUAUGUUGCCUCGCGGUAAUGAUGAUAAGGAUAGGUACCCAAAUUCCUUUACUCUGGACUACCACAACAAGGCAGCAGGCCAUGAACGGCGCUUGGCGACCUAUCUUGUUGAAAAUAUUCGAUAUACAUUUAAUCCACUGGAGCAAUACGUGCAUUGCACCCAGGUAAUGCAGGCCGAAUGCGUAUCAACGGCAUAUCGUUUAUGGAAGCGUCAAUGGAAAGGGAGAGGCAAGGAAUAUUGUGCGGGAGUACUGGUGUGGCAACUCAACGAUUGUUGGCCGGUUAUAUCAUGGUCAAUCGCCGACUAUAGCCUGCGCCCAAAGCAUGCAUACUUUGCGAUAAAAAGGGAGUUGGCACCGGUCACUGUUUCAAUGAAGAGAGCAAUUCAAGAAGCCACACUUGAUGACCCUACUCCUGGCGCCUUUAUGAUUGAGUUAUGGGCCACCAAUCUCACGCUAGAACCAUGCACUGUUAAAGUGCAGAUUAGAGCUUGGGAUAUCAUCACUGGGAAACAAACGUACUUGGCGAACGUGCGAGAAGAAGCCACUCUUCCAGCAAACCAAGCGACUGAGCUCGAGAAGUUGGAAAUUCCGGAGGCUACUAAAGGUUCAAGGGCAUCAUCCCAGACAGUCGUUGCGGCGUACCUCAUUCAUGGUGGGAAACAAAUAGCACGAUACGUCAACUGGCCAGAACCCUUGAAAUAUAUAAAUUUUCAGAGUCCACAGGCGCCCAAACUAGAAGUUUCAGAGGACAAGCGUCACUUGCGAUUGUCUGCUGAGGUUCCGGUGAAGGGUCUGGCGGUCUUCUCAAGUGCCGAUGAUGUGGUCUUCGACGAUAAUUGUGUUGACCUCGUUCCUGGUGAAACGGUCUCUAUUGGUGUCCGUGGCUUAAAGAGCGGAAACGUAGAGGGCCUCACUCUGAGGUAUCUGCACUGA